AUGGCGCGCCUCGGGCUCGCAGCGGCCUGCGCCGCGCUUGGCCGGGGCGCGCCCGCCCGCCCGCUGCCGACGGCGAGGGCCCUGCGGGCGGCGGAGGCGCUACCAGGCCUGCUGAGCGCACACGACCUGGGGCUCCGCGGCGCAGGGCAGGUGGUGGGCAUCGGAGACACGGGCGUCAACCUCGACGCGUGCGCCUUCGCCGAGCCGAGCGCAACGGCGGUGCCAUUCGACACGGUUGACCACGGCCGCGCCAAAGUCGUGGCUUAUUUCACGGGGCUGGGCGACAUGCAAGACAGCGCCGACGGGCACGGCACGCACGUGGCUGGCAUCGCCGUGUCGAACGCUCAGGGAGCUGAAGGCGUGGCCCCCGCCGCACAGCUGGCCGUGGUGGACUUGGUGGGGGCUUCUGGCGGCGGUGCGUACAACGUGCCCUCAGGCCUCGACUUCGGCUCGUCCUAUUUCGACCUCUUCGAGAAGGCCGGCGCGCAGGUGGUCUGCUCCCCUUGGGGCUUCGAGGAGGACGGGGGCGAUAUCAGCCUGCGCGUGGACCAGUACGCACACAGCCACCCGGAGUUCCUGGCGAUCUUCCCCUCCGGCAACUCGGCCGACCCAAGUUCCGGGCCACACGCGCCCUGCCGAGCGAAGAACUCACUGUGCGUCGGCGCGGCGUACGGGCCCGCGGAGGCGUACCUCGCGGCUCCCUCCUUCGUGAGUACCGCCCUGCGCAGUUUUGGCGCCGCCUGCCCCAGCGAGGCGGGCCUCCCUCUCAGCGGCGGAGCCCGGGCUGCAGGCAACGCCUCCUGCUCCUCCAGGGAGGCGGCCGUCCUCACCGCCAUGUUCGGCCCCACCGCCCCGUCGACGCCCGGGGACUGUGAGGCCAGUAGGCGCCUGAGCUGCCUCGUCUCGGGCGCGGCGUGCCCGGAGUGCGCCUUCGCGCCCACCGCGCUCGCCUCGGUGGUGGAGGUGGCGCCCGUGGCGGCCUCGCCGAGCUCGGCCUGUGAGCCGCUGGUGGGUUUCGCCACGGGCUCGGUGUGCGUCGUGCGGCGGGGCGACUGCACGUUCGUCACCAAGGCCGACCAUUGCCAGCAGGCGGGCGCCGUCGGGGUCAUCGUGGUGAACUACGCAGCGUCGACCGAUCUGCAUUCCCUGGAGAACAUGAUGGACGACGCGUGGGCGUCCGACAUCCCCAUCCCUGUAGUCAUGAUGUCGCACGCCGAUGCUGCCGAGCUGCUGUCCGAGGACGCCGUGGUCACAUUCCCGAUUAUCUCGGCCCUCGUAUCGUCUUCACGCCGAGCCCCCUACAGCAGCUAUGGACCGCUGCCAGACGGGCGCGUGAAGCCAGAGGUCAUUCUGCCAGGCGACAGCAUCGAAGCGGCAGCGGCGGGAGAGGAGUGCGGCGUGCGUGUCGCCAGUGGCACCUCGCAGGCUUGCGGCAUGGCUGCGGGGGUUGUGGCGUUGGCCCGCGAAUACUUGCAGACGCGCGCAGAGCCAACGAUUGCUCGCCAGCUGCACCCGUGGGCGUCCACGCUGAAGGCACUGCUCGCCGCCGUUGCUUCCGUUGACGGUGGUGAGUCGGACAUAGCGCUGCGCCACGACGUUGGCUUCGGGUUGCCAGACUUGGCGGAGUUGCUGGCGCCGCUGAGCCCACCAGCUGCGGAUUAUCCCGUAAGCCACAUCACCGUGCAGGCCAGCUUGGGCAUGGGCCAACGCUUGGCUUUCUGCCUCUCUGUCGCGCAGGGCCCAGCUCCGCUGCGGGCGGUGCUGGCGUGGACAGACAAACCUGCGGCGAGCGGCUCGCUUGUGAACGACCUAGACCUCACAGUGGCUUGCGACGUGGACGCGUGGGCGCCCCACCAAGGGAACGGUGAGUCUGGUGGCGACCACAACAACAACCUCGAAAAAGUUGUGCUCGCACCGCUGCCUGCGUCCGCUUCGUGCAUCGUGGCAGCACAUUACUCAGGCAGCACGUCAGAGGCCCCCUCGUCCCAGACGUUGUCGCUGGUGGUCGCAGGGCACGCAUCUGUGGACCCUGGCUGUCUGGCCGCUGCAGCAGCGCCGCCUUGCGGGCACGGCGUCGCGGAGCAGGCAGAGGGCACUUGGAGGUGCCAGUGUGAGGAGGAUUGGGCUGGGCCCCACUGCAGCCAGCAGUUCGUCGGACUGGCCCAAGCUGCCAGGAUACUGCAGCCGUUCCAGUGGGACUUCCUGCGCAUCCCCGGCGGGGACGGCGCGGACAUCGUGUUGGAGCACGACGGCUCUGCAGGCGGGGACCUCGCGAUCUUCGUGUCCGCGCGCGCAGGGCCCCGUCUGUGGGACGCCGAUGCUGGCUCGCUUGGGGCCGCCUGGGACGGCGAGGGCACUUGGGCAGACGGCGGGGCCAACUUCACGGCCACCAGUACCGCCAGCGCGGGGGGCCACCAGAUCGCGGUGCAAGUCCAGGGCUCCACUGGCGAGUUCCUCUACGCCUCCGUGUGGUGCAGGAAGCGCGGCGGGGCCGUGGCAUACAAUGUCUCGUGGCGCGCGGACGGGGCCGCACCCGUGGAGGCGCCACCACACGAGCUCGCCUCCGCCACCACGUCGCUCGACUGGAGACUGCUGGCGCUGCUCACGGUGGGGCUGGCCGCGGCGGCCGUCUGCUGCAUGGUCUGCGCGCGGCUCGCGCUGGAGCGCAGGCGCAGCCGGCGCCGGGUGGCCGAGGCGAAGUGCUCGCCCGUCGUGGUGCGGAGGGUCUCCUCCCCGGUGGCGUGGGCGGCUGGUGCCGGGGAGCCGCGGGGGCCAUGCCGCAGCUCGUCUUGGGACUGGGAGGCGGCGCAGCCAUGA